AUGGCCACGAACCAGCAAGACCACCGCCGGGCUGUGCGCCUCAAGACCGUCUUUCGCGACGUUCUCUCCGGAAACCGUCAAGUGACGUUGGCUCAAGAUGCCCAGCUAUUUUUUGAAGCUAUUCGGGCCCAGAAGUCGCCUGGUGCGUGCAUUGAGGCCUUGGUUUCUAGCAAGCCGGGUCUUGAUGCCGUCAGAAUCUCUGUCCGUGUCAAUCUCUCCGCCCCGUUCAUUCUCUCGCACACCCUCCCCCUCUUAGAGUACCUUUCCAAUCCAGAUAUCAAGACCCUUGUCGACGGUCAGCUUCUCCAGCAAGUGCUUCUUGUCAUUGUGAGUCCCUCGACCACUUGGAAUGCGAUGAUCAAACUGUUCCAUGACAACCAAAUCCCCGAUGAUCUUCUGCACCCCUUUGCAUGGCUUGCACUAGAGCUUCUCUUACUCCCUGCCAAGGCGGAUGUCGAUGUUUUGGCCGACGUUCAGGCCAUUGACGAGAAGGGCAGUCUCCAGAAGGCCCAGAAUCAUGAAACCCGCGAGCUUGGCUACAGAAUCAGCAACGACCUCAAAAUUCGCCGCUCUCCUCAACAGGACGCUGAGCAUGGUGGACCAGGUGGCCGCCAUGACAACGACCAUGCCGAUUUUCGUGAGAUUUGCAUUUACCCGACAACAGACGAAUUCCUUUCCACUCAUCCGCCAUUCUACCGGACCACCAAGGAGGUUUCGGACGCCGACCCUGACAGUCGUCCCCUCGUUCUUCUUGACAACCAAUUCCGUCUUAACAGGGAAGAUAUGCUGGCCGGGCUCCGAGAGGAUCUGCAAGUCGAUACGGGUAUCAAGAAAGGGAAGAGGUCGUUUGCUCCGCUAGGCAAACUUGUUCCGGUGGGAAUUGAAUUCGAAGACGAGUCAAGGAACAGGUUCAAGAAAUGCACUCUUCUGGUUCAGUGCUAUGACGGCCUCCAGUUUCUUCACCGCAAGGAUCCCGAAAGCCGCAAGCGGUAUUUGCAGGACCAGACCAGUAUUCUCAGACACCAAGCCUUUGGCGUUUUAUGCCGAGACAAGGAAAUCUUUGGGUUUGCUUUCGUCGACCGAAACAUUGACCUUCUUGCAAAGUCGCCGCCUAUUGUUUCCCUGCAGUUUACAGAUGCAGAAGCUAUUCGGACCGCCUUACGUGCAUUCGCAACGCCAAAUGCCGACCUUAUUCGCUUCAUCCUCGUCGACACACCGGUGUUUGCAUAUGAGCCGAUUCUUCUCGGACUUCAAGCCAUACGAGACAUGCCGCUGCAAGACGUGCUUACCAACCCAGUCGCCUCGGACGUCCAGUGCAAUGUCGCACCAGAACUGCACAGCUUGAUUGAAGACCUAAAGCGUAUCAGCCAUGGCUUGGGCCCAGAUGAUAUGGUGAACCUGCCGUCUUCCGACAACAUUCGAGUUGACAGUUCGCAACUGGACUCCUUGAUCCAUGCCCUGACAAGAUCACUGAGUCUGAUACAGGGGCCACCGGGCACGGGAAAGUCUUUCAUCGGGGCACGUAUUGCCAAUGAGCUGUUCAAAGCCGGCCAACGGAUACUCGUCAUUAGUUACACCAACCACGCUCUCGAUCAGUUCUUGGAAGACCUCCAAGACGUCGGGAUUCCACCUGCUGCAAUGGUUCGCAUGGGCGCAAAGGGAAAGUGCACACCAAGAACACUGCCGCUUCUCCUCUCUGCGCAGAAAGGGAGCUACCGGCGUUCCCCAGACGCCUGGGCGAGAAUCAACUCCCUGAAAUCGGAUAUCAACCACUCAGGGUCGAAACUCGGAAAUGCCUUUCAACAGUUCAGAAGCCAGGCUCUCAUUAAAUGGCAGGAAAUCUCGGAGCACCUGGAAUUCGAGGAUCCGCUGUUCUAUGGAGCAUUCCUUGUACCAGAAGAGAGUCCCGACUGGAGUCGCGCUGGGAAGCGCAGGAAGCAGAUCGGCCCCGACUAUCUCUACGACCGAUGGGUGAAGGGUGAUGGCCCUGGCAUCUUCUCGAAAGACGUCAGUGCGGUGUCGAGAGCAAUCUGGGACAUGCCAAAUUCCGUUCGGAUGAGCCACGUGCAGAGAUGGACCAAGUCCCUUGUUGAUGAGCGCCUUCAAACCAUCUAUGAGUAUGCUCAUCAAUGCAAUACAACCCAAGAGCAACUCGAUGUUCUCUUUAACGAAGGAGACGCAAACAUCCUACGCCAGAAGCAUGUCGUCGGCUGUACAACAACCGGGGCGGCCAUUCACUCUCGCCUGAUCCGUGCGGCUGCACCAGAUGUGAUCCUUGUUGAGGAGGCCGGAGAGAUUCUAGAGAGCCACAUCUUGACGGCGCUCGCGCCAAGUGUCAAGCAGCUCAUCCUUAUUGGUGAUCACAAACAGCUGCGUCCAAAAAUCAACAACUAUGCACUGUCUGUCGAGAAAGGCGAUGGGUUCGACCUGAACCGCUCGCUGUUUGAGCGACUGAUCAUACAAGGCGCAUCUCACACAACUCUGCGCAAGCAACAUCGAAUGGUUCCAGAGAUUUCCAUCUUCCCCCGCAACUUAACCUACCCUGACCUGCUAGAUGGCCCCGAUACCGCGGGGCGGCCGCCAAUUCGUGGGCUUCAAGACUGCGUUGUGUUUUUCAACCACGGUAAGCUGGAAGAGUCCGACAAAGCACUCAAAGAUCGACGUGACCCAGGGACGAAAGAGAGCAGGAAGAAUCUGUUCGAAGCUGAAGUAAUCCUGCGAAUCUACAAAUACCUCGGCCAACAAGGGUUCUCAGAGAACCAGAUCGUGAUCUUGACGCCGUACCUCGGCCAGCUCCGUGUUUUGCAGGACCUAUUCGUCAAGAACCAACAUGAUCCCGAGAUCAGCGAGAUGGACAGGUUUGAAUUGAUUCGAGCCGGGCUUCUUAGCAGAGCUGCGUCAAAGGUUGACAAACAGCCUGUUCGAAUUUCCACGAUUGAUAACUACCAAGGGGAGGAGAGCAAUAUCGUGAUUGUCUCUCUUACCCGCAGCAAUGAAUCUGGUGACAUUGGUUUCAUGUCGGCCCCAGAACGCCUUAAUGUCCUCAUUACUAGGGCUCGCGACUGCCUGGUUCUGAUCGGGAACAUGGAUACGUUCAUGGCAAGCAAGAAGGGUAGAGCGACUUGGCACCCAUUUUUUGAAUUGCUCAAGUCCAAAAACCAUCUGUAUGAUGGUCUGCCCAUCAGAUGCGAAAAGCACCCAGAGAAGACUGCGCUGCUGAAGGAACCAAUCGACUUUGACAAGUCGUGUCCCGAUGGCGGCUGUACUGAGCUCUGCGGCGCCAUGCUUAAAUGCAGGGUUCACAAAUGCAGGUCGCGUUGCCAUCGAGUGACAGACCACAGCAGGACCGAAUGUAAUCAGCUCAUCGAUCGCGAAUGUGCGCGGCAGCACAAGACACGCGUUCUCUGUGGUCAACAGAAAGUGGAAUGCCAAACGUGUAUCCUGGAAGACAAGGAACAAGAGAGACUGAUCAAGCGAGAUAUCCGGCUCGAGGAGGAUCGCCAACGUCGACAAGAGGCAUAUGUCCGACAGCUCCAAGAAAUCCAGGACGAGGUUCAGCACCAGCGUCGCAUCAACAAGUACGAGGCUGAGGAGGAGGAACAGAAAAAGGUUCUCGAACAGCAUCGUGCAGAUCUCGACGCAUUGAAGGAUACCCAACAACGAAUACAGAAACAAAAGGAGCGGCAAGCGGCGAUGGCUGCCAGAGUUGCAUCAAAGGCAACCGAACCAGCACCAUCUGGCGUGGAUCCUGCGUCCCAAGUCAGCCCAUCUAGUGCCCGAGACUCGUUGCCCAAUACCGCCAAGGAAGAAUGGGACCAGUUGAAGCAGGUUGAGCUGGCGCGAAGCAAGGCCUUGGACGAGUUGAUGGGCAUGGUCGGGCUGGAGGAAGUCAAGCAGGAAUUCCUUUCCAUCAAGUCAAAAGUCGACACUGCUUUGCGACAGGGAGUAUCUCUGGCCUCAGAACGAUUCAGCUGUUCGAUGCUUGGAAAUCCAGGGACAGGGAAAACUACCGUGGCUCGCAUGUACGCCAAACUCAUGACCGAAGUGGGAGUAGUCCCGGGAACCUGCUUCAAAGAGCAAACGGGGUCAGGACUGGCUAAUCUAGGCGUCUCCGGAUGCAAGAAGCUGGUGCAAGAGAUUCUUGAUGACGGUGGUGGGGUUCUCUUCAUCGACGAGGCUUACCAACUGACUUCCGGGAACAACCCAGGUGGUGCUAGUGUCGUUGACUACCUUCUGGCGGAAGUUGAGAAUCUCCGAGGAAAGAUUGUUUUUGUCCUGGCUGGCUACAACAAACAGAUGGAGAGCUUUUACGCGCAUAAUCCGGGCCUCCCCAGCAGGUUUCCAAUCGACAUGAAGUUCGCGGACUAUUCAGACGAUGAGCUGCUCAGAAUUUUUGAGCUGAAGGUCAACAAGAAGUACAGGAAUAUGAUGCAGUGCGAAGAUGGUCUCCGCGGCCUCUACUGCAGAAUCAUUUCUAGGAGACUUGGUCUCGGUCGCGGAAAGGAGGGAUUCGGGAACGCCCGGACAGUUGAGAACACCCUGGGCAUUGUUUCGCGGCGUCAAGCAGACCGGUUACGCAGGGAGCGCAAAGGCGGAGCAAAACCAGAUGAUCUCUUCUUCACCAAGGAAGACCUAAUUGGACCGGAACCAUCUGGGGCGCUGGCCAAGUGCAAAGCCUGGAAGAAAUUGCAAGAGACCCUCAUUGGGCUCGAGUCGGUCAAAGAGUCAAUUAAGGCCUUAGUGGACAGCAUCCAGCAAAACUACCAGCGUGAGAUCGAGGAGAAGCCGCCGAUUCAAUAUUCCUUGAACAAACUCUUCCUUGGUAAUCCAGGCACUGGAAAGACGACAGUGGCGAAGCUGUACGGAGAGAUCCUGGUCGCACUCGGUCUGCUGUCAAAAGGCGAAGUUAUUGUUCGAAAUCCAUCGGACUUUGUUGGUGCCGCUUUGGGCCAGUCAGAGCAGCAGACCAAAGGGAUUCUCGCUGCAGCCGUUGGGAAGGUGCUUGUGAUUGACGAAGCAUACGGGCUCUACGGAGGAGGCCAAGGUUCGACCGGCGACCCAUACAAGACCGCCGUCAUCGACACUAUCGUGGCCGAGGUGCAAAGUGUGCCCGGAGAUGACCGCUGUGUUCUCCUGCUCGGGUAUAAGGACCAAAUGGAGACCAUGUUCCAGAACGUCAAUCCAGGUCUCAGUCGACGAUUUCCCAUGUCGUCCGCUUUUACAUUCGAGGACUUCUCCGACGCUGACCUACGCAAGAUAUUUGACAUGAAGAUGAAACAGCAAGGAUACCAGGCAACCAGCCAGGCCGCCAAGACUGCAAUGGAGAUGCUAAAGCGGGCUCGCAACCGCCCUAACUUUGGGAACGCCGGAGAGAUCGACAUCCUCCUUGACUCAACAAAGGCCCGCCACCAGAGGAGUUUCUCAAAGGGGGAGGCGAAGUCAAGCACCCUCCUCGAAGCGCAACACUUUGACGAGAACUUUGACCGAGCUGAUAGGUCGGAAACCAAUGUCAAGAAGCUUUUCGAGGGCACGGUUGGUUGUGAGCAGACGGUGGCACUGCUUGAAGGGUACCAAGAGACAGUACGCGCAAUGAAGGUGUUUGACAUGGACCCCAAGGAGAACAUCCCGUUCAAUUUCCUAUUCCGCGGCCCCCCAGGUACCGGCAAGACGACGACAGCUAGGAAGAUGGGCAAGGUUUUCUACGACAUGGGAUUCCUUGCUACCGCCGAAGUCAUCGAAUGCUCAGCGAGCGACUUGGUUGGGCAGUAUGUUGGGCAGACCGGACCCAAAGUCCAGAGCCUCCUGGACAAGGCCCUCGGGAAAGUCCUCUUUGUCGACGAGGCAUACCGGCUAGCCGAAGGUCAUUUUGCCAAGGAAGCGAUGGACGAAAUCGUCGACUCUGUCACCAAGGAGAAAUACUUCAAGAAGCUCAUCAUUAUCCUGGCGGGCUAUGAAGCUGACAUCAAUCGCCUGAUGACGGUCAACGCAGGCCUAACGUCGCGAUUUCCAGCGGUGGUAGACUCUCGGGCGCUGACAACGGACGAAUGCAUAUCACUGUUGACGACCUUGCUCCAAGGGCAGCGGACAGUUCUGAGGUCGAAAGGCGUGGAUUUGAACCUGUCUUGUCUGGAGACGCCAAGCCACCUAUUCAGGCUGUCUUUAGCCGACGGGCUGCAGCAUCUCACCGAGCAAAAAGACUGGGCCAACGCGCGAGACGUGCAGGAACUUGCAAAGGCCAUGUUCAACAAGGUUUUGCAAUGCAAAGAGGACCUUGCUCGUAAGUGUGUUGUGCUGAGCGAAGCCAUCAUUACCCAAGCAGUGCAGGCAAUGCUGGGCGAUCGCAGGUCUCGGAGCCAACAUGCCACGCCACCGCCCGUCAUGACACUUGAUCAAGCGCUGCAACAGCACCUUGGGCCAGCCACGCAAGCACCGGUCGACAUGUCCACAACAGCCCACACAGCUCAGGUGCAGGACCAGGAGCCUGCGUUCGCAGGACCAGACGACAGCGAACAAUUGGCCACAGUUACUGAUCAGAGUGACAGCCCAGGACCACAAGAGCAACGCUCGCGACGCCGUGUUCAGAGGGAUGCCGGGGUGAGCGAUGAAGUCUGGGAACAGCUGCAACAAGAUCGGCAGGCUGAAGAGGAGAGAGAUGACGAGUACAUUCGCUUACGUGAAGCGAGUCGCAGAGCCACAGCUGAGGCGCGCGAAAAGAUUGUGCAGCGGCUGGUAGAAGAGGAACGGCGACGUAGGGAGGAAGCCGCCUUAUGUGCAAAGCUCGAGGCAAUGGGACGCUGCCCUAUGGGGUACCAGUGGAUUAAGCAGAGUGGUGGCUAUCGCUGUGAAGGUGGAAGUCAUUUCGUAUCGCUUGCUGAGUUGGUCUGACGGCGGUCGCAAGGAACGGGUCCUUAUCAAGGGUCGGGAACUAGUAACGAAGCGCUGUCCCAUAGCUAUACUAAGUUGAGAAUGAAAACAUGAUGAAUCGUUACAUCAGAGUUAAUGUCCUCAAAUGUGAGGGCCAAAUAACCUGUCUCGAUAUUGAGGCACUGCGAAAGGGGGUUUGCUUUUCUGACCGGGUUGUGUAUCUAGCUCCUGGGAAGCCUCAUUCUCGGUUUCCGGAAAAAUGGCAUAAUCGCGUCGGUGAACUGAGAACGCCUUUCCUGCGGCCUUUCGGGGACCUAUUAGGCUGAGACACAUGAACACGGAACUUGCCUUCAUCAACUCGCGG